CCUGAUUACUGUAACUGGAUUCUCAAGAGCGGAGAGCGGGGAACUACUUACGGUCAGACUGUCCUUCAUUCGCAAGCCAUUCAACGCAGCCCACCCAACCCCCACCACAAUGUCCCUCCACACAACCCUCCAACAAGCCUUCCCGGCCUUCAUAGCCCAAGUCUUCAUAUCCCUCUCCUCCAUCAACAUCCACAUCCCCGCCGCCUACGAAAUAGACCACCUCUGCUUCCGGACAUCAACAGCCGCAGAGUACGACUCAUACAAAGCUGAACUCGCAUCCCUCGGCACCCUUUUGACCGAAUCCAUCGUCGGGGGGAGGCACAUCGCGACCUAUAAAUUGCGACCGGAGCAUGCAUUGCACUACACCCAAACCACCGACUGCAAACCGGUUGAUCGUACGAUAGACGUGAUAGAACUCCCCUCGCCGAAACCAGGCCGCCCAUACCCCUCAGGUAUCGAGCAUGUCGAGGUAGUGGUGGAUGUGCCGUUGGAGGUGUAUCGGGACCGGUACAAGGACGUGGGGUGGGAUGAGAGGGGGAUGGGGAAGGGGUUGAAUCGGGAUUUGAGGCUGGAUUUUACGGCUGCGGGGAAGGAGUUUAGUGUAAAGUUUCAUGAGCAGAGUUUAGAACGUGUGAUUGAGAUAGAACUCGCUGCUCUGCCAUGAGUUGGUUCUUCGGCUACAUGGCUCUGGGAAUUGCGAUAUCUUGAGAGGCAGGGAAAUAGAAGGAGGUGCGCAAUCUGGGGCACUCUUCUAAUGGCGCAAUGUUUGGCUUUGCGGAGUAAUCCAAAUGGUUGGCGGACUCCAG